UCCCGCUCAGACAGGAAGUGAAAUGUGGAACCGUAACUGAAGGACAGAAAAAAAGAUCCCACAUCUGGAGACUUUAGGUCAGUCAGCUCACAAAGGCCUCCACUGCUGCCAAAAACAAGACUGCUGGGUAAUGGCUGCUCUCAGGGUUUUUCUCACUCUUGCCAUCUGUCUCCUGCUUGGACAUCAAACGUUUGCCAGAAACGACGCUCCCUGCCAGCACUCCAAAUUUAACAACGGCUUCAACACCUUUGUCAAACGCCACAUACGCUCUGGUACUCCCAACAAUGUUAACCAGAACGAAUGGUAUGAUUACAUCAAGAACAACGGCGGCUGUGACAGACCCACCCAGUCCUUCCUCCCAACAAGGGACCUGGAAAGGGUGAAAGCUGUCUGCACCAACAAGGGAGGGAAGGUGUACAAGGACAACCUGUGCAUCAGCCGCGAGCCUUUCACUUUUGUCACAGUGAGGAGUGAACUGGGGACAUGCGGGAUCAGGAGCGUUCGUUUGGAAAACAAACAUUUGAUCCUGGCCUGUGAGGAGCUGAGCAAUCAGUGCCUGCCGGUUCACUUUGAGGGAAACUCGGAAAACGCAGUGCCAAGUAACAAUGCCAGAGGCUGCCAGGACCCACGCAUCAGUGAUGAUGCUCCCAGCAAUAGACUGACGACGUGGCUCGGGCUGUUAUCUGUUCUUCUUCUUAUUAUUUACGGCUAUCAAAAUUAAUUUGAGGAACUAGAGAAGACAAUAAGUCCGCCAAACACGUCUGAAAGGUUUUUAAACAGUAUUUUAUAUAAAUUUUAAAUCGCCAACAUAUAAACCACAUUUUCCUGAGGAAUUUUAAUUUUUAAAAAAUGUAUUUUUGUACCACUGUUGUAUGUUUAUGCCUGUGGAUCUAUGAGUCUACAUCUCUGAGCAAUAAUGAAAGGAUUGGUGCUCUAAUGAAAUUUCAUUUUAUUCAAAUUUGCGGUAGUUUGUGCAUGGACAGCACAGAAUUGAAAUCAUUCAGUGUUGUGUGUAUUUUAUAUUAAAAGGGUAUAAAUGAUAUUGCCGUGCAAAAGGGAUUUAAGAGUUUUUAAUAAGGUUAUGUAUGAUCUAAUAAACAGAAGAUCAUAAUUAAUCUACAGUCAUUCAACCCUGAUUUUUUGUCAGCGUGUCAGAUGUGAUUCAGAUCACUGCAAUAAUUUAAAGCACGAUGUGUUCAGAUAAGAUCCACAAUCAUCAAAUAAGAAAAAACUUUGCAGAUUAUAAUCAACACAAGGCUAAAUUUGUGUGACAAUUUCAAAUACAAAUACAAAUUUGUCUUUGUCUUUGGAUUGUAAAUUUUUGUUGUGAAACGCACAGCUCACAUGAACAGCUUGUUUAAAUAAAAACUGAAGUGACUCCACCAAAA